CUUUUUUCUUUAAAAUGACACCCGAAGAUAUUGUUUUACAAUUGAAGCGUAAUGGCACUUUUGAUGACUUGAGAAAGAGAUUAUUAUCCGGCUUUCAGCAUGGAGAACAAGGAAAAGAAUUUACCGACAAGUUAAACGCAUUUAUGGCAGACAUGAUUUCCAAAGAUCCUUCAUUGCUAAACUCUACAUCGAUUUAUGACAAAAUCACAAAGGAACUGGAAAGGUCGGGCAUUUAUCAAACUUUACGACAACAAGUACUACAAGAGCUUCAAACAGAUUAUUAUCAAAAUAGAAUCGCAGAGCAAGUAAACAUCGUCUGCCAAGACACAGAGUAAAGCCAAUUGGAAGCACAUUAUACCCAUACUUGCUGAAUUUAUUCAGACAAGUAAUAUCAUACAUGUAUGUAGCCAAUUUUCAAUAAACAAUAGAAUACGAGAGAGCAUCUGGAUAGACAAG